AUGAGGGCAGAGGGAAUGUCCCCCCUCCUGGCUCUGGGGCUCCUGGUGGCUGGGUUGCGCUCCAGUGUCCACUGCCUCCCAGGGGGCGGGCUUGACCCGGAGGAUGUGACCCCAGAGGACCAACACAAAGGGGCACCUGUGGACGACCACACAUUCGUCUCCAGCAACACUGACUUCGCCUUCAGCCUCUACAAGCAGUUGGCUUUGAAGACCUCCAAUGAGAACGUCAUCUUCUCCCCCCUGAGCGUCUCCAUGACCUUGGCCUUCCUGUCCCUGGGGGCCCAUGGACCCACCCCGACAGAGACCCUGGAAGGCCUCAAGUUCAACCUCACAGAGACCCCCGAGACAGAAAUCCACCAGGGCUUCCAGCACCUCGUGCAGACGCUCGGCCGACCCAGCGACCAGCUGCAGCUGAGCUUGGGCAACGCCAUGUUCGUCCAGGAGCAGCUGAAGCUUCUGGACAAGUUCAGGGAAGAUGCCCGGGCGCUGUGUGCCUCCGAGGCCUUCUCCACUGACUUCCGGGAUUCCGACACUGCCAAGAAGCUCAUCAAUGACUAUGUGAGGAAUAAAACGCAGGGGAAAAUUGUGGAGUUGUUCAAGGACCUUGACAAGCUCACAUAGAUGAUGCUGGUGAAUUACAUCUUCUCUAAAGCCCAGUGGAAGAAGCCCUUUGAUCCCAGCCAUACUUAUAAGUCAGAGUUCCACGUGAACGAGAACAGGACAGUGGAGGUGCCCAUGAUGACCACUGGGGGCCUGGAAACGCCUUACUUCCGGGAUGAGGAGCCCUGCACCGCGGUGGAGCUCAGGUGCACCAGCGACGGCAGUGCGCCCUUCAUCCUCCCUGACGAGGGCAAAAUGCACGACCUGGAGGCCAAGCUGCUCCCAGAGACGCUGAGGAGGUGGAGAGACUCCCUGCAGCCCAGAACAAGAGUUCACCCCCUCCUUCCAAAGUUUUCCAUCUCCAGCGAUUAUGAUCUGCAAGACUUCCUUCCCCAGAUGGGCAUGGGGAAAGUCUUCCCCCCGGCAGCUGGCCAGUCAGGCAUUAAAGAUGCAGAGGCGCUGGUGGUUUCCCAGGUGGUCCGCAGCGCUGUGCUUGACGUGGGCAAGGAGGGCAUGGAAGGAGCUGCUGCCAUGGGAAGCAACUUGAUCUACAAAACUGGAGAAGUGAUCACUAUGCAUUUCAACAGGCCCUUUAUGUUUCCCACACUCAGUAAAGACACGAGCAUCAUCUUUUUGGGCAAAGUCACCAACCCCAGUCAAGCCUAG